AUGGCGGACUUGAAAUCCAAAGAUCUCCCUCCCCACGAGAUCCACGAGGGCUCCAUUCAACCCUCGCCAACCAAUGUCACAGAUAUCGCCCACGGUGUCGAUAUGGACCAUUACCGAGCAACUGUUCCCUUGUGGAAGCGAGUGUGGCAGCAUAGUCUGACACAAAUGAUGCUUCUUAGCGUCCAGGCCUUCUGUGGUCCUGCCAUGUCCGAUGCAAUUACUGGUCUCGGUGGCGGUGGCCUUGCAACUCCACAAGUAUCAAAUAUUACCAAUGCGAUCACGUACGCAAUGCUUGCUAUCUUCUGUUUCUUCGGCGGUCCUAUUGUGAACAAACUCGGAGUUAAAUGGGCUCUUGUCAUCGGUGCUGCCACAUUCCCAAUUCAAGGCUCGGCGUACUACUGCAACAGCAAAUUUGGAAACCAAUGGUACCUUAUCUUUAGUGGUGCAAUUAGCGGCAUUGGAACCGCCUGCUGGUAUGUCGCGGAGGCCGGAGCCAUUAUGACUUUGGCGCCUUCUGGCGCACGUGGAAAGUACCUCGCCCUGUGGAUCGUGUCACGAAACUUGGGACAGCUAGUUGGUGGUGCUAUCAAUCUAUCCAAGAACCACCUCAAAGGAGCCGAUGGCGGUGUGACUCCGGAUACAUAUCUUGCUUUUGUGAUCAUUGAGUGUAUUGCGCUGCCGUUUGCUUUGCUGAUCACCCCCUUCGAACGUGUCGUUCGAUCCGACGGCACGAAGAUUGUUACCGCGGAGACUCUUUCGACGAAGAUGGAACUCCGGCGCAUUGUGAAGACCAUGACUUCCAAGCUUGUCAUGUUCUCUGCACUAUGGGCGCUGUGGUCAUUCUUCUACGGCGGAACCUGGUCGACCUACUUGGGAACUUACUUCUCCGUCCGAGCACGCGCCCUAUCAUCCCUCAUCUCGCCGUUCUUCUGCAUCGUUGGAUGCUUUGGCCUCGGUUUUAUUCUUGACAUGAAGCACCUGAGCCAACGCCGCCGGGCCCAGAUUGGCCUGUGGACCGUCGUAAUUCUCAAUGUUGGCGUUUAUAUCUGGUCGAUCAUUAUGCAGGCCAAGUUUGACCACCACAACCCUGGCCAUAUCGAUUGGGAAGAUGGACUGUACCCGUCAUCUUUCUUGCCCUACUUUUUUCGUGCAGACGACAGGGCCGUUGUCCCAGUCCUACAUGUACUGGCUUAUCUCAUCCUUUGCAACGGAUGCUCAGGAUCUAUCGAGGCUGUUGGUCAGGCUAUUGCCUACGGCAUGAAUACUCAGACAACUAGUAACCCAAUGGUGGGCUUCUGCGUGACAUUUGGCUUACUCGCUGCCGCUUUGGGUCCUAUGAUUAUGCUCGUGAACACGACGCCGGACCGAAUCCCCGCCGAUAUCAUUGCUGAGCAGCAAGAUGCAGCUCGGGAGAAGAUUGAGAGUGUCUAA